UGCAUGCUCGUUUGAAUUGAAAUACUUUUUGUCAGAUUUUUCGACUUCUCAAUCCCACUUUCAUUGCAAUUCUUUCUUCACCCACCCCUGAUUACCACACAGCAGUCAUCAUCACUCUUAUUUAUUCUCCCCCUCCACCCUUUUCGUUUUUCAGAACUCUAACCCCAAUUCAAUCCAAACAGAGAAGAAGAAGAAGAAGAAGAAGAGACCUCACUCAAAUGGCUGAUUUACAUGAUGCAGCAAUCUGUUCUUCAUCUUCCCCACCUGACCACAACAUCUCAUCAUUUCUUCACCAAGUUCUUCUCCAUUCCUCUUCAUUCUCCUCUCCUUCUCAUUCAAUGCCCUUUCUAAUUUCCCCUUUACCACCACCUCAUGAUCAUCAUCAUAACAUUCCCUACCGUCCAACACCCCCUGCCGAAUCCUCCUCUGCUUGGAAUUCUCCAAACGUUCUCCCUCCACCUCCCACCGUCCUAUCCUCUUCUUCUGUCGGAAAUACUGACAAUGAUCCUGACGAUCACUACGACUGUGAAAGCGAAGAUGGGUAUGAAGCUAUGGUUGAAGAACAGCAACCCAAGAUAGGUUCUUCUACACGCAAUUAUUCAAAGAGAAGUAGAGCAGCUGAAAUUCAUAAUUUAUCAGAAAAGAGGAGGAGGAGCAGGAUAAAUGAGAAAAUGAAAGCAUUACAGAAACUGAUUCCAAACUCCAAUAAGACUGAUAAAGCAUCAAUGCUUGAUGAAGCCAUUGAAUAUCUAAAACAGCUCCAGCUCCAAGUUCAGAUGUUAACAAUGAGAAAUGGAAUGAGUUUAUAUCCUCAAGACCUAGCACCAUCAUCAGGAGGAGGAGGAGGAGGAUUGCAAUCCAAUAAUCAAGUUUCCCAUUUCAGAAGAGAUUUUAGCCAUGAAAAUGGGCCAAUAUCAGACAAUAUCUUCCAUGGUCACCAAGAACAUAACUUGAAUUCCCAAACAAUGAUUCAAAAUCAUCUAGUGCCAUAUCAACAUCAUGAUCAAUACCAAAUGGAAGACAAUUCGUUGGCAAGUUUUAACAAAAGAAACAUGAUGAUUCAUGCAGCUGAUCAGAGAAAUUCACUAGAUUUUCAAAUGGGAGAUGAGUUUAAGGAUGGUUUCGAAUCCACAGCGCCACCUUCUGAGAAUUCAAUAUUUUUUGAUGCCCCCUUUGAAUGGCCUGAACUAAGGAAGAGAUCUUACCGAUGAUGAUGAUGAGAAUGAAGAGAAUUGAAAGGGUUAUUUUUAUAAGUUUGGUUGAAAAUAUGUAUAAUUGUGUGAUUGGACUAAUUAAUAUAACUUUAAUCUGUAAGGUUUUAGGGAAUUUGUUAAAUAAAUUUGUACUUGAUGUCACAUCUUCUCACUUGUCAUUUCGGCUCAAGAAAAGUGAAAGCAAUGAGUAAAAGUUGUACUA